UGGGAGCUGCUGGUGGUUAGUGCUGGGAAGCAGAGUGGGAUGCUCCUGGCUGAGCUGGAUCUAGCCCGCAGCUUCUUUCUGGUGGGGAUGCAGUCAGGGCAGCAGCCUGAUAAAGGGGAUGGAGCACAGGGUUCCCUAGGACUCAGUGUCUCUUCUGCUUGCCAGAAAAAAAAGGGGCAGAUGCGUUUUGGGUGCUGGAAGCUGUCCCCUGUCUCUGCUACACCCCCUCCCCCAACUUGGGGGUGACAGCCCUGCUCAGAACCCAGUGGGGUUCCAGGCCAGUUAUCAGGAAGCUUUGCCUUAAGAGUAAAGCUCCUAGCAGGAGACUUCAGGGCUGGUGGUCAUCUGGAGCUCAGAGCGUACAGAAAGAUGGUGCAGCUGCACCUUCACUCCCCUCCUUCUGCCCACACUGGGCACGAGGGCUGCCCUGUGUCUCUUCUGGGGUCCCUGGGGAAAGGAGGGCUCAUCCUCCCCGAGCCCAGGACUGAGCUGCGCUCUGGCCCGGAUCUUCCCCUGCAGCACAGCUCAGCCUGGCUCCCGCUGAAGCUGGAGAAGCAGCUCCUCAAUGUGGAGUGAAAGAGCCGCGCUGGGUUGUGGCGUGAAGGCACAUCUCCAGGUGGGAACACUCUGUGAGGCUGCGAGACUGGCUGGGCAGAGCACCAGGAGCUGAAGUGAAGGAGACCAUCCAAAAUCUGAGCCGAGUUUGAUGGGAAACUAGACUGGCCUGUUGCUUUACCGGUACAAUGCCACCUUCCACUACUUCUGCAAGGUGGCCUUCUUCAACUGCUGGAUCGUGGCCAUGGCCACCCUCCUGUCCCCCUUUGCAGCUCUUCGGGGACGCUCCGUGGAGAACAUGAAGCUCCUGCGUGCUGCCAUCCUGCCCCUCAAACGCUUCUAUGGCAUCAAGAUGCAGGUGUGGGGCUCUGAGCAUCUGAACAUCAAGGAGCCCUAUGUGAUAGUUUGCAACCACCAAGCUUCCCUUGACCUCCUGGGCAUGGUGGAGGUCAUUCCUGACCGCUGUGUGCCCAUUGCCAAGAAGGAGCUCAUGUACAUGGGCACCGUGGGGUGGGCCUGCUGGCUCAGUGGCAUCAUCUUCAUCGACCGCCACAAAAGAGAAGAUGCGAUCGAUGUCAUCUCCCAGACGGCCAGGACCAUGCGGCGUGAAAAUCUCCGAGUGCUGAUUUUCCCUGAAGGCACCAGGAACCAGGACAAAUCCAUGCUGCCCUUCAAGCGGGGAGCUUUUCACUUGGCUGUGCAGGCUCAGGUUCCCAUUUUCCCCAUCGUGAUCUCCCCAUACUGGCAUUUCUUCAGCUCCAAGGAAAAGAAAUUCAAUUCUGGGAUGUGCACCAUACGAAUCCUCCCCAAGGUAGAAACCCAGGGCCUGAGCCCAAAGGAUGUCCCCAAACUGACAGAGACUGUCCGCCAGGCCAUGGUUGAUGCCCUUGCUGAGAUGUCUGCAAAUCACUGCGGGAACCAGGAUGCUGAGAAGGCUCCGCUCCUGCGCUGCACUGGGGCCGAUGCUGGCAGGGGGACGGGCAGCUCACAGUAUGUGUCCACCAGAUCUGCCAACCGCUCCAGAAACCUGUGAGAGCAGGAUGGUGCCCUGGUGCAAGGGGAAGCAGAGCAGCGUGGGACGGGGACCAGGCAACACCACAAAAACAGUGCAAGGUGCCCCCAGAACCCCUUUGCUAUGACUGUGCAUCCCCCUGUCCCCUCCAAACCCGGUGCUGUCUCUGGCCCCGGGCAGCAAGCCCCGUCUGCCUGGCUGGGUCCUGCCUGCACAGUGGGUAGCGGGGAGAGAUGUGCCAGGCAGGGCUGGGGGUUCACUGCACCACUUUCCACUCCUGACGGUGUGACUCGCAGCGGGGUUCACCCCACUUCUUCCAGAGCCUCCUGCAAGCUGGCAAUGCAGCCAGCUCUGGGGGAGCAGCGUGUGGCUUGCAGGGGCGGGCAGGCGGUCCAGGGGAUACUGCCGCGUGGGAAGAGCAUCCUCAAUGCUGAACUAUGAGACAAGGGUGCAAGAUUAAAGAGUCCAUACGCGGUG